CCAGGCCGCCCGCGGGCUCCGGGCACCUGUGGCCGCGGGCCACCGAGGACUCCUGUCGCCCGGGCACCGCCGGCCUGAGACUGGGCCACCCCACGGUGCCGACCUCGGGGGCGGGCCAGGACCCUGCUGCCGGAGAUGGUCCCGCCUGACCAGCCCUGAGCCCUGCGCCACUAUCCUCAGCCCAGGAGUCUCCACCAACUUCUACUCCGGAGCUCCACUUUGCCCCUUCUUUUGGCACAGGGCGACCUCAGCAGCCCUGACAGUGCCGACCCUACGAAGUGCCCAGAAAGGCCACCGGGUGGGCUCGCGCCUCCCUGGCUCUUUCUGGAUGGAGGCGCUUCCGCAAGGAGCCAGCUGCAUGCUUUGGCCUUCACCUUGCAGCCUCUGCUGACCACACCUCCCCUAGCGCAGAGGCUGCCCCGGGAGCAGGAAAUGCUGUACCAGCCGGCUCCCCGGGAUCCGGGUCUGACCGCUAGGAUGGAGGUGGGGCCGGCAACCAAGACCUUCGUGCUGAAGCUGCGAUGUCUUGAGGAUGGGGGCCCGGGGCCUGACACCCUCUCAGGUGGCAGCGGUGGGAGCGAGAGUCAGGAGGAGGAAGAGGCUCAGGAGGGGAGGAGCAGCCCACCACAGCCAGCAAUGACAGCCCCAACAAAGGCCAGGAAAAUCACUGAGGAAGCCCGGCUGGAAAAACAGGAGUCGAAACAGUCAGAGCAGCAGCCAGAGCUGCAACAACAGCAACCACAAAACCAACUAUUAGCACAUCAGCCAGAAUUGCAGCAGCAGCAGCAGCAGCAGGAUGGGCAACAGCAGCUGUCUCAAUUACAGCAGGAAGUACAGGAAAAACACCAAUCCAUGCAGCACCAGGAACUGAAGCCAGAACUGCAGCGAAUGCAACAGCAACAACAGAUACAGGAACAGCAAGUGCAAGAGCAACAGCUAUUACAGCAGCAGCACGAACAGUUAAAGCAGCAGCAAGUGCAAGAGCAACAAGUGUUGCUGCAGCAGCAGAAACAGUUACAGCAGCAACAAGUGCAAGAGCAACAGCAGGGGCAAUUACAGCAGCAGCAAGUGCAAGGGCAACAGUUUGUGCAGCAACAGCAGGAACAGUUACAGCAGCAACAAAUGCAACCAUUAUUGCAACAACGGCAGGAACAGUUACAGCAGCAGCAACAGUUAUUGUUGCUACAGCAGCAGGCACAAUUACAGCAGCAGCUGUUGCAGCAGCAGCAGGCACAGUUGCAGCAGCAGCUGCUGCAGCAGCAGCAGGUACAGUUACAGCAGCAGCAGGUACAGUUACAGCAGCAGCUAUUGCUGCAGCAGCAGGAACAACUACAACAGCAGCAGGUACAGUUGCAACAGCAACAGCAGCUGCAGCGGCAGCCCCCUCCAAGGGAGCCAGAGGAGGAGGAAGAGGUGGAGCUGGAGCUGAUGCCGGUAGACCUGGGGUCAGAGCAGGAGCAGGAGUUGGAGCAGCAGCGGCAGGAGUUGGAGCGGCAGCAGGAACUGGAGCGGCAGCAAGAGCAGAGGCAGCUGCAGCUGAAACUGCAGGAGCAGCUGCAGCAGCUGGAGCAACACCUGGAGCAGCAGCAACAGCUGGAGCAGCAGCAGCUGGAGCAGCAGCAGCUGGAGCAGCAAGAGGUGCAGCUGGAGCUGACCCCCGUGGAGCUGGGCGCCCAGCAGCCAGAGCUGCAGCUGGAACUGGUGCCUGCUGCAGGGGGCGGUGGGGCGGCUGUGCCAGGGGCUCCUGCCGCAGUCGUGGUGGCCCCGCCAGGCUACGUAGUGCUGCAGGAGCUCAUGGUGUUGCCCGCCGUGGCCACGCCGACGGUGGUGGCCAUCCCGGGCCCGGCGGGCAGCGCGGCGCUGACACCUGCGCGGCAGCGGCGGCGGCGGCGCGCCCGGGACCGGCCGACCAUCUGCGGGGUGUGUGGCAAGGGCUUCAGCCGCAGCACAGACCUGGUGCGGCACCAGGCCACGCACACGGGCGAGAGGCCGUACCUUUGCGGCGAGUGCGGCAAGGCCUUCUCGCAGCACUCGAACUUGGUGACGCACCAGCGCAUCCACACGGGCGAGAAGCCCUACGCCUGCUCCUACUGCAACAAGCGCUUCAGCGAGAGCUCGGCACUCGUGCAGCACCAGCGCACGCACACGGGCGAGCGGCCCUACGCCUGCAGCGACUGUGGCAAGCGUUUCAGCGUGUCCUCCAACCUGCUGCGCCACCGGCGCACGCACUCCGGCGAGCGGCCCUACGUCUGCGAGGACUGCGGCGAGCGCUUCCGCCACAAGGUGCAGAUCCGCCGCCACGAGCGCCAGCUGCACGGCGCCGGCCGCUCGCGGGGCCUAGGCCUGCUGCGCCCCCCGCGGCCCGCGGCUCCCGGAGGUCCCCAGCGCGCCGAGCAGGCCACCGCCCCCGCCAAGGCACCGUGAGCCCCUAAACCACGCUGCCUGCGGGAAGUGCCACGCCCGGGGCGCAGGGAGAGGACAUCUCGACCCCGGCCUGUGGUUGCUCGUUGGAGACAUCCUGGAAUGGCCUUGGGGGAAGCCAGCUUCCAUCGUGGCCUGGAGUCCCUCGAAGUACGAGGUUCACAGAUUAUCCCCCAAAACCAUCCACAAAAGCCAACUGGGGCUGAAACAGCAUGUGGGACACACUUGUUCCUGAGCAGCGGUGGCCGAGAGGGCUGCCCAGAGAGAAAGGAGACCCACAGAGGAAGCUCCCAGUCACAAUUGGUGACAUUUGAUGCGGACCGGACACAAACCAGGGAAUCAAACACAUGUGAAACGAGCAUGGGAAAGAUUUGAUCCUGGUGAUAUUAUUUCAAGGAGAAAAACGGGCAAAAAAGGGAAACUUUAUGUGCACUAUGUAGAAAACUGAUUAAGGCAUUGAGUUGUCCUCAGGGGCAUUUGCCUUGAAAAUACUUUCUAGGAUGAAAAUUCAUCGGGGUGGAUGCAAUUCUGUUGAAAAUGCCUGUGUUUAUAAACACAGGGUGGGAGUGUUCCCCGGGUCAAUGUGCAAAUAAAUGCCGGGGAGAUGUGCUCUGAGCCGAAGGUGAAACCUUCCCUCCAAGGGAGCCCGAGGCUCUGCUGUGGCGCUUCUGAGCCCACUGCACCCCUUAAUGUCCUCUGGAGUAAGAGCCUAUGGCUGAAGCAGGGGCAUUCUAGGGGUGUUCUCCAAAGUGAUAGAAGAGUCUAGAAAGAACUCCUAGGUAUCCCCACUGUGGUCUCCCUGGGAUCCACCGGCUCUAGGCUUCUCAGAUACUGCCCGGGGCCGGGCACCUUGACACCAGGGGCUGGGUUCUGAACCAGGCUAUGAUGGGGGUAGGGGCAGGCUGCCAAGCAGACCCUGCCCCAUACUGGGGCUGUGGGAAGAAUGUUGGGGACAAGGACGGGGGGCAACAGAAAUGCUCUUUAUUACGUUUACCAAAUAGUCUGGGGCCGGGGCUGUGAGAGCAGCAGCAGUUGCUGAUGCUUUGUGGAAAGGGGGUGGGGAGGGGGCAGUCACCCACCACCUGUGGUCCCCAAGCACUCCCUGCUCCACUUGACUUUUCAUGUGUGGCCGCUUCUUUCCUGCCCUUCUCUUCCCUGCUUCUCCUUUACUAACACAGCCUGCUACAUUUUUACAAAUGUGUUGGUAAGUGAGAAACAAAAAAUGAAAAAUAAAUUAAAA